CUCACAGCUUUCUUUUUUUUCAAUUAACCGAACUCAUCUGAAAUGUCCGGACGUGGCAAGGGCGGCAAGGGCCUGGGCAAAGGCGGUGCCAAGCGCCACCGCAAGGUGCUUCGCGACAACAUCCAGGGCAUCACCAAGCCCGCUAUCCGCCGUCUGGCUCGCCGUGGCGGUGUGAAGCGUAUCAGUGGCCUGAUCUACGAGGAGACCCGCACGGUGCUGAAGACCUUCCUGGAGAACGUCAUCCGCGACUCGGUCACCUACACCGAGCACGCUCGCCGCAAGACCGUGACCGCCAUGGACGUGGUGUACGCGCUCAAGCGCCAGGGUCGCACCCUGUACGGCUUCGGUGGUUAAGCGGCUGCCAAGCUCAGGCGGCGGCUGUGGGAGGCAAGGCACGAGGCAAGGCACCGAGUCUUGCCCCAUCCACUGGCUGCCCGCCUCGUCAUCCAAACUCGGUGUUUCUCAACACCACCCUACUUUGGUCAUACCGUACUGCACCGGGCUGCGCCUAUGCUACCAAACUCAUAUCCAAGCUUUCAAAUCGUGUCUUGGCGUCGUGGGUGCUUCAUGAAGGGUGCUGGGUGCGCCGGGGGUCCCUAAGAGUAAGAGGAAGUUGCCGUGCAGAAUCUACUGAAUACUUAG